UCCGAUUACCCGUCGCUUGUUGUUUGCUAUGGUAACAGCAAAACACGAUCUGUCAAGUAUUUAAAAGACCACGACCUUCAGACGAGUAGUCAGUGAGUGCUCGUCAGCCACGCGCGCCGUCCAACAUGAAGCUCUUUUUAUGUAUUUGUUUUUUAUCCGUCGCUGUCUCAGCGAUGGCAGGGCAGAAUGAUCUGGAUGAAAUUCUUCGAGAAGGCAACAAUAAAUUUACCGCGAAAAUGUUCUAUGAAGUAGCUAAAGCUAAUAAUGAGAAAAGCGUAGUUCUAUCGGCGUACUCUGUUAUGCCACCUCUUGCGCAGCUGGCUCUCGCAUCGGUCGGCGAAUCUCAUGACGAACUUCUACAUGCUAUCGGAAUGCCUAACGAUAACGUGACCAAAGCUGCUUUUUCCUUUGCGAAUUCUAAACUGCGGUCAACGAAAGGAGUUACACUACAAACAGCUAGUAAAAUAUACAUUGCUGAAAAUUAUGAAUUAAAUAGUGACUUUGCGGCUGUCUCAAGGGAUACUUUUGGGUCUGAGGUCAAAAAUGUCAACUUCAUUAAGAAUGCGGAAGUUGCUGCUGAAAUCAAUGCUUGGGUGGAAGACCAAACAAACCAUCGCAUCAAAGAUUUGGUAGACCCAGGAGCCUUAACUUCUGAAACAAAAGCAAUGUUAGUCAACGCAAUUUACUUCAAGGGUAUUUGGAAAACUCCUUUCAACAAACAUCAAACUGCCGACAAAGAUUUCCACGUUUCUAGAAACAAAGUGAUCAAAGUUCCUACCAUGUACAGCAUGGAUUAUUAUAACUAUACAGAAAGUACGGAGCUUGACGCACAAAUUCUUGAAAUUCCUUAUGAAGGAGGUGAAGCCUCUUGCGUUUUUGUAUUACCUCGUGAAAUAGAUGGCAUUAACGAGUUGGAAGAAAAACUAAAAGAUCCAACAGUACUUGACAAAGCAAUGAGUAAAAUGCAUGAAAUGGAGGUUGAAGUUUACCUUCCUAAGUUUAAGAUCGAAACUACCACGAAUCUCAAGGACAUACUUCAGAAGAUGAAUGUUUAUAGACUAUUUGACUCAAAGAAGGCUAGACUAGACAACCUCUUGAAACAUACCAGCGAUCUAUACAUAGAUUCAGCUUUGCAGAAAGCUUUUAUUGAAAUGAAUGAAGAAGGUGCUGAAGCAGCUGCUGCAAAUGUAUUCGGCGUUGCCUAUUUGGCAGCAAUUCCAGCACCGCUCAAAUUUGUAGCGGACCGUCCAUUUGUAUUCUACUUGUACAGUGGGAAUAACAUUAUUUUUAAUGGAGCUUACCACGCCUAAGUAAUAAUAAUAAGCGUUCCAAGCCGUCAUUGAAAGUUUAAGUGUGGAAUAUGCUAAAGUUUUCAACGCCGACAGACCAUUUUACUUCGCAAUCAAAACCAAUUCAAUCAUUCUGUUUAACGGGGUGAAACGUGAAGAAUGAAACCAUAUUUCAAAUUGUUACAAUUGUUUAUUUUUUUAAUUAUACGUUUUAAACAAGAUUUUGGAAUGAUAUUACUCUAAUAUCAUGUUUUGUGUGUAUUAUAUCUCUGAAGAUUCUUAUAAAAGUUUUAAUGUACAGUAACAGCCUAUAAAUGUCCCACUGCUGGGCUAAGGCCUCCUCUCCCUUUUUGAGGAGAAGGUUUGGAGCUCAUUCCACCACGCUGCUCCAAUGCGCGUUGGUGGAAUUAAAUGAAUAAUAAGUCUCAUUAAAUGUACGCCAACUAUAAAUUAAAAACCGAUUUUAAAUAUAUUUUAUAAAUAUUUUUUAAUAGUUUAUAUAGUAUUUAAAAUCGCAGAGCUCAGAUGUUCCAGUGGACAGCUCACGUGAAUUUUUAAAUAUCGCGGGCUCAAUGACCAUUGAGUUUUCUUAUAUACGUAUUUAGAAUUAAUUUUGCUCGGUGGAGAAAAAAGCAUCGUGAGGAUAAUCUGAAUGUAUCUACUAUAAUUGUACCCACCAACCCGCAUUGAAACCGAGUUGUGGAUUAAGCUUCAAGCCAUCCCCAUUCUCUGCAAACGGAGUGGAGGUCUUUCUCCAGCCAGCCAAUGGGACAUGAACAAACUAUUGUCAUUAAGCCUCAGCCCAACCGAUUCGUUUGAGCUAUAAUGCUCAACAUACAGACUAAUAAAUAUAGACACGUGCAUAUAUGUACGUUAAUAGGCUUCUUAGACUAGGUCUGAUGAAAAAUUAAAUAUAAGACUUUGAAAAACUAGAA